AUGACCAAGUCCAAUACGCUGCAAUGGACGCCAUCGUACUCCAUAACAUCAACAUCGGCCCUGCACUGGAUUAGAGCUACAAUUACUCCAACUACGGCUCAAAUGCAUCAAGUGGAAACAAUUCGUGAUGAUCUGUUGGAGAUUGUAGAGGAUAUGGAUUGGCUGCGGGAUAUCUUCAACAACAUGGAAGAUAUCAGAAAAAGCUGGAAUCGGUGA